AUGGACCAGUUCUACAGGUCCACCAUGGCCAUCUAUAAGAGCAUCAUGGAGCAGUUUAACCCCGCCCUGGAGAACCUGGUGUACCUGGGGAACAACUAUCUCCGGGCCUUCCAUGCACGCCCUCCAGCAGCGCUAAUCAACUCCACGGCAAGGCCCUGCCAGCCUGCCAGGAUCUCCCAGGGGAGUCUUCAGGAGAGUGGGACAAGUGGAGGGGGUGCUGGGCCUGGACCCCUCGUUCCUCACCCUGCAGCCCUCUCCGAGGCGGCCGAGGUGUACUUCAGCGCCAUCCAGAAGAUUGGGGAGCAGGCCCUGCAGAGCUCCACCUCGCAGAUUCUGGGUGAGAUCUUGGUGCAGAUGUCAGACACCCAGCGACACUUGAACUCCGACCUGAAGGUGGUGGUGCAGACGUUCCAUGGAGACCUGCUGCAGCACAUGGAGAAGAACACCAAGCUGGACAUGCAGUUCAUUAAAGACAGCCGCCAGCACUAUGAGAUCGAGUACCGCCACCGAGCUGCCAACCUGGAGAAGUGCAUGUCGGAGCUGUGGCGCAUGGAGCGCAAGAGGGACAAGGACGCACGGGCGAUGAAGGAGAGCGUGAACCGGCUGCACGCGCAGAUGCAGGCCUUCGUGGCCGAGAGCCAGCGGGCUGCGGAGCUGGAAGAGAAGCGGCGCUACCGCUUCCUGGCCGAGAAGCACCUGCUGCUCUCCAAGACCUUCCUGCAGUUCUUCGGCCGGAUUCGCCGUGGGGACCCCCCGCGCUCGCGCUCCAACUCCUUCGGCGAGCGCCCGGGCGGGGCCCGCAGAGUCCGCGCGCUGGUCUCCCACUCCGAGGGCGCCAACCACACGCUGCUGCGCUUCUCGGCCGGAGACGUCGUGGAGGUGCUGGUGCCCGAGGCGCAGAACGGCUGGCUCUACGGCAAGCUGGAGGGCUCAUCCACGGGUGGCUGGUUCCCUGAGGCCUAUGUGAAGCCUCUGGAGGAGGUGUCUGUGAACCCCAUGAACCCCUUGAACCCCAUGAACUCUCUGAAUGAGCUGCCUUCCAGGUCCUCCCCGCUCCGGGGCAGCCACAGCCUCAACGACCUCCUGGACCGGCCAGGCAGCUCCAUCUCCUCUUCGGAGUACUGGGACGGCCAGUCCCACUCCCGCACCCCGAGCCGGGUUCCGAGCCGCGCCCCCAGCCCUGCUCCCACACCCCUGCCUGGCAGCCGCAGGAGCAGCAUGGGCAGCACAGGUGGGGCCAGCGACAUCAAGAGACUUAUGUCCUGGGAGCAGCACCCCCCAGAGCUCUUCCCACGGGGUACAAAUCCUUUUGCUACCGUGAAGCUGCGUCCCACAGUCACCAACGACCGCUCGGCACCCCUCAUCCGCUGAGGGCCCCCUCUGCUGGCUGAGGCCGUGAGGCAUGGCCUCUGGGACUGUCCGAGCUGGCGGGGUGGCAGCGGCAGUGGAUCUGAGAAGCGGGGACCCUGACCUGGGGGGUGGCCGGCAUUCCCCA